AUGUCUGCACCACCACUAGAAAAGCCGGCCAGCAAAACACCACAGCAUCACUUUGAGGACGGAUAUCAGCCGCGCCUCAUCCUCUCCUCCUCCAUCACCUCCUCCAAUCCCUCCUUUCCCUGCGCUUUCUCUUCUACUUGGUCUUCACCAGCCUUCAUGGUUCUGAUUGCACCCCACGACAUCACCAUGCAAGCCACCCGGGCGUCCACCACCGUCAGUGUGUUUGCGGACUGCAGCAUCCCGGCCGGUCUCCGGAUAGGACCGGUACCGGGUAUCUUCAAACUCGGGAAGUACCAGUCAGACCGCAAGGAAGUUGGAUCCAAGAAGAAGCUGGUGUUACUCACUUGCAACACUUUCCUCCAGAUUCGAUUGGUGCGCGGGGAGUUCCUUGACGAGUGUGGCUCUCCUGUGUCGGACUGGAUCGGACUAAUCCGGGCUGCCAGGAACAGUCAGGAGCAAAACCUGGAAGCAGUGUCGGAUUUACCGGGAGGACAGAUUUUCUACCGCGUCCUGAGAGAAAUCCCUGCUGGAGAGGAGCUCGGUGUCUGGUACUCCAACGCUCUGGCCCAGUGGUACGACAUCCCCACCACGGCCACUCCCACCCACGAUGAGAAAGGUGACGAACGUUACAUCUGCUGGUACUGCUGGAGAAUAUUCAAAUUCCCGAACACACUUAAGGCCCACGUCCACUUUCACUGCGCACUGAGCAACGGGCGGGGUUUCGUGCACAGCGAGCAGCAGGCUAGAGGCACAGAGACAUUCAGCAGGUCACCAAAGUCUGGAGACAUCCCGAACACAUCCACGUCACCCAGGAGCACACAAAGUCAUUCAGACUCAGGCAGGAGAGCGGUGCCCUCAUCUUUUUUAAUCAAAGCUGGACUGUCAAAGAAGAGCAGCUCCGAGGAGCAGGACAGGGCCCUGGACAUGAGUGUCACCGCAGCCAGACAUCAAGGGCAGCUACUCAGUCUGGGAGCCACACCGUCGGUGCUGAGCAGCAUGGGCUUCCACCCGGGUGUACGCUCUGCCUUCAAGCCAGCGGGUGUAUCAAAAAUGCCGGGCGCUGACCCAUCCAGGGAGGACGCCAGUAGCGGGAAACUGGGCGGAAUGGGUUUCGGUAAGCUCAUAGGGAACAUGAAACCAAUCCGUAAUGUGGCCGAGAUGGUGAACGGAAGUGGGAGCCUUCCUCCAAAAUGCACACCUGCAAUAGUGGACACCACGUCACCAAUGGUGCCGUGCACUAACGCAAUCCGCGCGUUCCCGUUACUGCCACACAUGGAAGAGACGUCGGCUUUUAAGCAUGUAGAGAAUCGAAUGCACCCCGGUCUGUCCCCGUCCCGGUACCCAGCGGUGCCUCCUGGACUCCACUUUGAACGGUUCUCACUCCCCCCUCACUUCGAUGGUGUUAAGACCUAUGGGGGAGACUGCAGCAUCCCAGUGAUGCCCUUCACUGUAUACAACGGGGAGCUUCUCUACAGCUCACCGUACUACCCCCUCAAACUCCACUUUGGGAACCUCCUCAAGUACCCAGAGCCCAUGUCCUACUUUGGUGCGCCCUCCCUCAGCCAAGAUCUGGGCUCCAUCACCAACAUCGAUCGGGAGAUCGCCAUGCACACGCAACAACUAUCGGAAAUCACAGCGGAGAAGAACCGGGCCAGGCUGGAUUCGGUGCCCGCAGGUCCCGCCAACAACACCAGUUCUGGCAAACCCAAAAAGGGACACCUGUGUUUGUACUGCGGCAAACUCUACUCCAGAAAAUACGGCCUGAAAAUCCAUAUGAGGACUCACACCGGUUACAAACCGCUCAAGUGUAAAGUUUGCUUCAGGCCCUUCGGAGACCCCAGCAACCUGAACAAGCACAUCCGGCUCCACGCAGAAGGGAACACACCCUACAGGUGCGACUUUUGUGGAAAGGUCCUGGUCCGGAGACGGGACCUGGAGAGACACGUCAAGUCCAGACACCCUGGACACUCAGUCAAGAAACUGGAGGAAAAGGUUGAAGGCCUGUAUGAAGACGCCGAGCAGAAGAGCGACAAUGAGAGUGACGUGGACGUCUGUUUCACCGACGACCAGAGCGACCAAGAGUCCAGCAAAAAUAACGACUAAAGUGUCUCCACAUGUCCAGAAGAGACUGACUGUCUUCAACGGUGUCCACAACUGAACAUGACAAGAUUUUUUAAAAGCCAGUUAAAAACAAAAUCAAGGCGACUGAUUUCCAUUUUUUUUCUCAAAAAAUAAAAUCAAAAUUUGCCAAAAAAUAUACGUUUAAGAAUUUAA